AUGAACAAGAUUAUCACUUUUUCCCAUUGGCGAAAAUCUCUCACUUCUUCCAUACCUACCAAAACAACAAACCUCAUAAUACUAAAUCGAAGACAAUUACACAACUACUCUUCUCCAUACUCGUACUCUGAAAAUGGUAACUUUUCCGACCCAUCUUCUAACCCUGUCAUACGUGAUGCUUUGGUACCUAUAGUAGUUGAACAAACUGCAAGAGGUGAAAGAUCAUAUGAUAUUUAUUCAAGAUUAUUACGUGAAAGAGUUAUUUUUCUAGGUCCUGUAUCAUCAGAACCUUCUACACUCCUCACUGCUCAAUUACUUUUUCUAGAAGCUGAAGAUUCACAAAAACCAAUCAAAUUAUAUAUCAACUCCCCUGGAGGUAGCGUCACGGCAGGUUUAGCAAUUUACGAUACGAUGCAAUACAUUUCUUCUCCUGUACAUACUUUUUGUUUAGGUCAAGCGGCCAGUAUGGGAAGUUUGUUACUUGCUGGUGGUCAACCUGGACAUAGGUAUGCGUUGAAGAAUAGUAGUGUUAUGAUACAUCAACCUUCCGGAGGAGCAUCAGGUCAAGCUUCCGAUAUAGCCCUUCACGCAAAAGAAAUCCUACGUAUACGUGCGGCUCUCACAGACAUCUACGCAUAUCAUUGUGUUCGAUCGGAAGAACCUUUGACCGAUGCGAGGGAUAGGUUCGAAAAGGCUUUGGAGAGGGAUUAUUUUAUGACUGCUGAAGAAGCUGUGGAGUUCGGGAUCGUGGAUAGUAUCGUUGAACAGAGAGGGAAAGCCAAGCCGGAAGAGGAGAAACAAACUUGA